AUGGCUACCUUUACCAAGCAUUGCUCCUUCAUCUUUCUCCUUCUAAUCCUCAUUUCUUCACUACAAAUCCAUGCAAGAGAAAGUCAAUUCUUUAAUAAAAUCUCCGGCAACAACAAUGCUGGAAAGAAAACACAAGUGGUUAUUACCAACAAACAACAAGAAUCAAACUUCUUGCCUGAAAAUGAAAAUAAUGGCUAUGGCCUGUAUGGUCAUGAGUCUGGUCAACUUCCUCCUUCAACCACCACUACUCAUGAUGUAGAAAAACCCUACAAAGAAAUCAAUCCCACCACCGCCUUAACUAAUAAUAUUCACAAUACCAAAUACCUUUCCAAGAAUUAUGACCAUGUGGCUUAUGUCAGUGUCCUAAAGAACGAUGACAAUAACAACAUCAACGAUGAAAAGUACAAAAAUACUGGUAGUACUAACAACAAUAACAAUAACGAUAAUGAGGAGUAUUACAAUGGGGAUAACACUUACUACAACAAUAACAACAACAACGAGAAAUACUUCAAUGGUGACAGUACUUACAACAAUAACAACAACAAUAAUAACAACGAGGGGUAUCACAAUGAGGGUAACAAUUACUAUAACAAUAAUUACAAUGAGUACUACAAUGGUGGCACUACUAGCAACAACAACAAUAACAACGAGGAGUAUCACAAUAUAGGUAGCACUUACUACAAUAACAACAACAAGGAGUACUACAAUGGUGGCAGUACUAGCAACAACAACAACAACAACGAGGGGUACUUCAAUGGUGGAAGUACUAACAACAACAAUAACAACGAGGAGUAUCACAAUGGGGGUAACACUUACUAUAACACCAAUAACAAGGAGUACUACAAUGGUGGCAGUACUAGCAACAACAAUAAUAACAACGAGGAAUAUCACAAUAGGGGUAGCACUUACAACAACAAGAAGUACUACAAUGGUGGCAGUACUAACAACAACGAGGGGUACUUCAAUAGUGGCCUUAGUAACAACAACAACAACAACAACAACAACGAGGAGUAUCACAAUGGGGUUAACACUUACUAUAACAAUAAUUACAAGGAGUACUACAAUGGUGGCAGUACUAACAACAACAACAAGGGGUACUUCAAUGGUGGAAGUACUUAUAACAACAACAACAACGAGGAGUACUUCAAUGGUGGCAGUACUAACAACAACAACAACAACAAUGAGGUGUACUUUAAUGGUGGCAGUACUAAACACAACUACAACAACUACUACUAUAACGACAACGAGGAGUAUCACAAUGGAGGUAGCACUUACUACAACAAUAACAACAACAAGGAGUACUACAAUGGUGGCAGUACGAACAAUAACAACGAGGAGUACUUCAAUAGUGGCACUACUAAAAAUAACUACAACAACUACUACCACAACGACAACGAGGAGUAUCACAAUGGGGAUAACACUUACUACAACAAUAACAACAAUAAAGAGGGGUACUUCAAUGGUGGCAGUACUAAAAACAAUAACUACUAUCACAACAACAAAAAUGCAGAGUAUCAUAAUGGGGGUAGCACUUACUACAACAACAACAACAACAAGGAGUACUACAAUGGUGGUAGUACUAACAACAACAAUAACAACAAAGAGUACUACAAUGGAGGCAGUACUACCAACAACAACAACAACAACGAAGAAGGGUACUUCAAAUGUGGCAAUACUAACAAUAACAAUAAUAAUGAGGAGUAUCACUAUGGGGGUAGCACUUACUACAACAACAAUUACAACGGCAACAAUAAGGAAUACUACAACGGUGGCAGUACUAACAACAACUAUAAUAACAACAACAAGGAGUACUACAAUGGUGGCAGUACUUAA